AUGGCGAAUCCGUGGACUGUGUUUAAGCACGAUGGUUUUAAUUUCGUUGGUGGGUUCCAUAACAGGGAGGCAGUAAAAAACAGACGCAUAAAUGUAUGGGAUAACCGAGAAGAUGACGUCAUCAUCACUACGUUUCCCAAAUCUGGGACGACUUGGAUGCUACAACUUGUAUCUGAAAUGUUUCCCGAUUUAAAUUGGCAGCUUAAGCCUACAAAUCUAGCUGCCAGAGCGUGUUAUUUUUAUGAGAAUGCAGAUUUACUCACCGGAAAUUACGCAAUUCAUGUGAAAGCAGUGCAGACGACAUUGCACGAAAUGCCAUCACCUCGAUUAAUGGGAGACGUAGUUUUUGGUCCCUGGACCGAUCACGUGAUCGGAUGGAAACGUUUUGGAGUGGAUGAUGGCGUACUUCACGUGGCAUAUGAAGACAUGAGGGCAGAUCUGAAGUCAGUCGCAUUUAAAAUAUCCCAGUUUCUCUCUCGCCCAGUUGAUGACGAUCAACUUAAACGAGCUUUGAAACGAAGUGAUUUCCAAUCAAUGAAAGAGGCUGGAGACGAUGGUCGUGUCGGGGACUGGAAAUCUCAUUUCACUGUUUCACAGAAUGAACUUUUUGAUCAGACGAUAUCAAGAAUAAUGAAUGAAAAUGGCGUCAAACUAACAUAUACAUAA